AUGAAGGCAAUAGCAUUCUCUCUACUCUACCUUGUGGUUUCUACCACAGCUUUUUCGGUGGGUAAGAAUGGAGGAAGUGCAGGAAUAGUAAUAGGAGGAGGAGUAGGAAUAGGAGGAGGAGUAAAAGGACCAGCAGCAGGAGGAGUAGCAGGAGCAGCAGGAGGAGUAGCAGGAGGAGCAGCAGGAGGAGUAGCAGGAUCAGCAGGAGGAGCAGCAGGAGGAGCAGCAGGAGGAGCAGCAGGAGGAGCAGCAGCAGGAGGAGCAGGAGGAGUAGCAGGAGGAGUAGCAGGAGGAGUAGCAGGAGCAGCAGGAGGAGCAGCAGGAGGAGCAGCAGGAGGAGCAGCAGGAGGAGCAGCAGGAGGUGCAGCAGGAGGAGCAGCAGGAGGAGCAGCAGGAGGAGCAGCAGGACUAGGAGGAGGAAUAGGAGGAGGAUUAGGAGGAGGAUUAGGAGGAGGAUUAGGAGGAGGAUUAGGAGGAGGUCUAGGAGGAGGAUUAGGAGGAGGUCUAGGAGGAGGUCUAGGAGGAGGUCUAGGAGGAGGUCUAGGAGGAGGAUUAGGAGGAGGUCUAGGAGGAGUAUUAGGAGGAGGAAUAGGAGGAGGAGUAGGUGGAGGAGUAGGUGGAGGAGUAGGAUCAAUAUCAUCUGAACCACCAACUGGAACAACUUCAAGCUCUGAACAACCAUGUGAUGGAUCUAGCAGCUCUGCCUCAUCUAGUUCUCCCAGUUCUGAACAACCAACUCAAACACCUAGCAGCUCUGCCUCACCUAGUUCUCCGAGUUCUGAACAACCAACUCAAACACCUAGCAGCUCUGCCUCACCUAGUUCUCCCAGUUCUGAACAACCAACUCAAACACCUAGCAGCUCUGCCUCACCUAGUUCUCCCAGUUCUGAACAACCAACUCAAACACCUAGCAGCUCUGCCUCACCUAGUUCUCCCAGUUCUGAACAACCAAGCGGUGGAUCUGGUGCAGGAGCAGGUGCAGGAGCAGGUUCGAAUGGAGGAGCAGGCGCAGGAGCAGGUGCAGGAGCAGGUUCGAAUGGAGGAGCCGGCGCAGGAGCAGGUGCAGGAGCAGGUUCGAAUGGAGGAGCCGGCGCAGGAGCAGGUGCAGGAGCAGGCGGCGCAGGAGCAGGCGCAGGAGCAGGCGCAGGAGUAGGCGGCGCAGGAGCAGGCGCAGGAGCAGGCGCAGGAGCAGGUGGCGCAGGAGCAGGCGCAGGAGCAGGCGCAGGAGUAGGUGUAGGAUCAACAUCAUCUGAACAACCAACUGGAACAACUUCCAGCUCUGAACAACCAUGUGACGGAUCUAGCAGUUCUGCCGCACCUAGUUCUCCCAGUUCUGAACAACCAACUCAAACACCUAGCAGCUCUGCCUCACCUAGUUCUCCCAGUUCUGAACAACCAACUCAAACACCUAGCAGCUCUGCCUCACCUAGUUCUCCCAGUUCUGAACAACCAACUCAAACACCUAGCAGCUCUGCCUCACCUAGUUCUCCCAGUUCUGAACAACCAACUCAAACACCUAGCAGCUCUGCCUCACCUAGUUCUCCCAGUUCUGAACAACCAAGCGGUGGAUCUGGUGCAGGAGCAGGUGCAGGAGCAGGUUCGAAUGGAGGAGCAGGCGCAGGAGCAGGUGCAGGAGCAGGUUCGAAUGGAGGAGCCGGCGCAGGAGCAGGUGCAGGAGCAGGCGGUGCAGGAGCAGGCGCAGGCGCAGGAGCAGGCGCAGGAGCAGGCGGCGCAGGAGCAGGCGUAGGAGUAGGCGUAGGAGUAGGCGUAGGAGUAGGUGUAGGAUCAACAUCAUCUGAACAACCAACUGGAACAACUUCCAGCUCUGAACAACCAUGUGACGGAUCUAGCAGUUCUGCCGCACCUAGUUCUCCCAGUUCUGAACAACCAACUCAAACACCUAGCAGCUCUGCCUCACCUAGUUCUCCCAGUUCUGAACAACCAACUCAAACAUCUAGCAGCUCUGCCUCACCUAGUUCUCCCAGUUCUGAACAACCCAGUUCUGAACAACCCAGUUCUGAACAACCAAGCGAUGGAUCCGGCGCAGGAGCAGGUGCAGGAGCAGGUUCGAAUGGAGGUGCAGGAGCAGGCGCAGGAGCAGGCGCAGGCUCAGGACCAGAUUCAGGUGCAGGAGCAGGCGCAGGAGCAGGCGCAGGCUCAGGACCAGAUUCAGGUGCAGGAGCAGGCGCAGGAGCAGGCGCAGGCUCAGGACCAGAUUCAGGUGCAGGAGCAGGCGCAGGAGCAGGCGCAGGCUCAGGACCAGAUUCAGGUGUAGGCGCAGGAGCGGGCGCAGGCGCAGGCUCAGGAUCAGAUUCAGGUGCAGGAGCAGGUUCGAGUGGAGCAAUAGGCGUAGGAGUAGGUGGAGGAUUAGGCGUCGGACCCAUUAUUCUUCCUCCACGUCUACCUCUUCCGCGUCUACCUCAUCCACAUAUACCUCAUCCACGUUUACCCAUACCUUAUCCUAUUGGACCAAAUCGCUGCCUAUGCUAUUGUUAAUUUAUCGAUCUACAAGAUGUUAUUCAAUCCUAUUCAAUGGUCUUUCAAACCAUUAACAA